AUGUCGACUCUACCCCGAGCGUUAUUGCGUCAUGCAACUAAAUUGUCUUCCAUUCGUCAAUUUCAUAUAACACCACGCGUAUUCCAAGAACGUUAUUACACGAAAAAGCAUGAAUGGGUACAAAUACUCGAUAAUAAGAAAGAGGUUCGAAUCGGUAUUAGUGACUUCGCUCAAAAUGCACUGGGUGAUGUGGUCUAUUGCGAGCUACCUGCUAUUGGUGCAAAAUUCAAACGUGAAGAAACAUUCGCAACAUUGGAGUCGGUCAAAGCUGUUGCCGAUUGCUUCAUGCCGGUGGAUGGUGAAAUUUCCAGUGUCAAUGAGCAGUUGAAAACUCAGGCUGAUUUAAUCAAUAAAAGUCCAUAUGAUAAUGGUUGGCUCGUUCAAGCUAAGAUGAAUAAAACUACACAGGAACAUCUCUUGGAUGAAGGCGAUAGUGGAGGAGCAGGAGAGUCUUCUCAGCAAGUGACCACGAUGAAGUAUGCUGAGAAACCACCACCACCAAGGAAUGAAACUAACCUAUCUGGAUUAAAAAACCAAGGAGCUACUUGUUAUUUAAAUGUACUGAUCCAAACAUUACUUUAUACACCAGAAUUUCGUGAACCUCUCUUUCGACUAACUCCUAAAGAUCUUAACCUUCCUGCGAAUUACAAUGAUCAAAAUGCAUCAACAACAAAUGGAAACAAUAAUCCGAAGAUUCGCAAAAUCAUUGUCGAAUUGCAACGUCUUUUUGCUGAAAUGCUAUUAUUGAAUCAGCAAUCAUGUUCAUCUAUACCAUUGACCAAUAGUUUCGGUUGGCAGUCCAACGAAGCUAUUGAUCAUCAAGAUGUUCAUGAAUUGAACCGUUUACUGUUUGAUGCAAUUCACAAAUCGCUACAAGGAACGAAACAAGCCAAUUUGAUCCGGUUGUGUUAUGAAGGAUCAACGAUAAACUAUACCCAAUGUAAACAAUGUCAAAAUACAUUUAAACGAUCUGAAGAUUACCAAGAUUUGCCACUAGUUGUCCAAGACAGUCCUGGUUUGCAAACAUCUCUAGCAAAUAUAUUUACCAUUUCCGAACAGUUGAUCGGCGAUAACCAGUAUCGAUGUUCAACAUGUGCAAAUAAUCUAUGCGAUGCGGAAAAAUGGGCGAAGAUUAGUAAAUUACCACCAAUAUUGACUUUGCCGCUUCAACGCUUUGUUUAUGACAUUAAAACUGGCAAUCGACAAAAGAAGACCACUCGCUAUGAAUUUCCAUUCGAAAUUGAUCUACGAGAAUAUUGUGAAGAAUCAGUUGCCAAGACAAACUACGAGCUGUUCGCCGUUGUUAUUCAUCGAGGAACAUGCUAUUCAGGACAUUACUAUGGAUACAUCAAAGAUAUUGAUCAAAUCGGAACAUGGGUACGUCCACCACCGAAAUCACCGUUGAUGAAGACAUCACAGAAAGCGAAAUCUUCGAAUGCGGCUAAUACUUCAUCAAAUUCGAAUGAAUCUCAUGAAAGUUCGGAGGAAAAGAUGAGAAAACUGGAUUUAGUUAAAACAUUACUAUUAUCAUGUGAUGAUUGGAUAACAAUCGAAGAUCUUUUGAAAGGUUAUCGUGAAAAUACAACAACAUCAUGGAGUCGCACUCGUGGUGCGCAUGGAACAUUCAGCAAAUUUCUUCGAAGCCAUCCCGAAGUGUUCGAAGUAGACAACAAUCGUGUGCGAUUAGUUGAACAAAAUUAUUCGAUGGAGAUCGAUAACAAUGACACUGACGAGAUGGAAUAUGAAUCAUCACAAAAUGAAGCUCUUGAUGAAAAUGCCGAACACUGGUUCUGUUUUGAUGAUUCGAUUGUCACUUGUGUAACCCGAGAAAAUAUCAAAAAGCAUUAUGAACAAAAUGAAUGUGCUUAUAUGCUGUUCUAUCGACAGAAAGAUCGAAGUAAAUCAAAAGAUGAUUCGGCAAACAGUACGCCCUUUUCAAUACCACAAUGGUUAUUUGAUGAAGUUGUCGAAAAGAAUCGACUUUUACAAGAAGCGCGAGAAAAUUACGAUAAAUAUCAAAACCAAUUCUCAGUGACAAUUUAUCCAAGUGAUUGGUUCGAAAUCGUCGAUGAUUGCCGCUUGAAUUUAAAUAACAAAAAUCAAGUAUUAUUUCCAGAUGGUUACGGUGAACAUGUCUUUGAUAAACGGAUGAAAAUCAAUGAAUUCCUUUCGAAGCUCGAGAGUAAAUACGGCAAUGAAAAUCACUUCUAUGUUGCGAAAAAACUUCGUUCCGGUCAGCUGCAUGUGAUAAGCGAAUUGACCUAUUCGACGAAUGACAAAACCUUAGAUCGCAACGAUCUUGCCACGUAUCGAAAUGUCAUUAUUUACAAAUACCCAUCUUCGUUGCCAGAUACAGUUCUACAAGGUGAAGAAUUCGAGCCAGUCAUGCUUAAUAUUGUGUAUGGCUUCCCUGACGCUCGUAUUCGUGCGCCGAAUUUACAGUCAACGAGAUAUGUAGCUAAAAAUACGACCCUGGCAGAAUUGAAAGAACGGCUUACGCAUGACUAUUAUCGAAAUGCUAAUCCUCAACAAUUGAGACAAAUUCGAAUGGGUAAAUUAAAUCUCGAAGAAAAAAACAAUCGUAAAUCACGUCGAGAAUACAAAUCCGAGGAUGAAAAGCAAACUUUGGCACAAUUGCAUUUACAGGAUGGUGAUACUCUAGGAAUUGAUGAUAAAAACUCAUUCGUAUCGAAUUGGAGAGAUGUAUCGUCAAACAAUACGAAUCUUGGCAAGACUCAAUUGUCUCUAACAGUUAAAAACACUAUCGAUCCAAAUUAUACCAAACCGAUGACUUAUAGUUGUGAAAGCACAACCUCAAUCGGAGAAGUGAAAUUAAUGGCGAUUGAAGCAUUCGGUUUAUCAUUAGAGCCAGAUAUGUGUCGUCUAUUCAUUGACAAUCAUCCCGACGUUGCACAUAUCCCUCUCUACGAUCAUGACAAUGUUGGUGAAAUCAAUUUCAAAGAUAAUAAUACCCAACUGUGUUUGAAAUUUGGUCAGGCAUUACACGAGAAUGAUCUCCUAUUGUACAUUUUAUCAGAUCGUGAACCGAGUUCAUUGGAAUUAGUUGUUGAUCAAAAUAUGACGUUAACGGAUUUAUGGCUUUUAAUCAAACAAGAGUUGAAAAUGGAUUUGGAUGACAAUGAGUAUCAUUUACGUGAAGUUGUAUCAUCAUCCGAAGAUGACGGAGCACCAUUGAAUGAUUUUCAUCAAACGCUAACUAACAAUGGGCUUAGUAAUGGAGCACAACUGACAAUGAGACCUGGAAGUGUACCAACAAAGAAUCAUGUCCGACUAAAAGUCUUUCAAAUACUCGGCAAGACCUAUAAACAACCUGAAGCCAUCCAUACAGCACCGCUUUAUGAAAUGGUUCCAUUUGAUAACGUUUUCGAGUUACCAGUGAUAUCUCCAUUCAAUGUUCUACGUGAACGAAUUGCUCAAACCAUUGAAUUCAAAGUUCCACCUAACUAUGCACGCGACACUAAACCAUUCGAAUUUAUUCGUCUUUAUGAAAUGGACGAUGAUCAACCAGUCUCCAUUAUUCAUGAACCAGUUUUAACUACACUCAAACAAGCUAAAGUUCAAGAUCUCAGUUGUUUUGCAUUUGAAUUAUUAUCUCAUCCGGAGUCCUUAGGAAAAAAAGAUUUACUUCUCAAUAUCGUCUAUGAUAAGAACGAAUAUGGAAGUGAUUUUCAGCAUCAAUUUGAAGUCCAUUGGCCGUUGAAAGAAAAUAUUAUAGCUAAAUACGAAUAUUUGGAACAACAUGUUUUAACGCGCUUGACAUCAUUUAUAACCGAUCAUUUACAUUUUAAAAAUGUUUCGAAACGAGCGCUUAAAGUCACUCUAGCACGUUAUUUUCCUGAUCGUGCUCAGUGGUUAAUCAUUGAUCCGCGUUCGGCAACGAGUUCAAGUCAACCAACGAGUAAAAAGAACAAGACAUCCAACAAUACACCGACGAAAUCUAAUCUCAAGCUUGAACCGUACAAAUUAGAUGAUCUAACUGUUAUCGGCGUACUUGAAGGUGAACAAUUAACAGUAGAAGAUUUCGAUACUCCAUAUGAUCAGAAAAUGAGACGACAGCUCGAACGGGAAACGGAACAACAACGGCUUACUCGCGAAAAAACUCGAACAGAAAAUGACCAGAAUAAAACAAAUGGAUCUAGUGGACGGCGAAGAUCACCGCAGAAUACGAUGAGAAUUGAUGUUGACGACUUUGAUGCUUGA